GCACAGAAAAUUGUUGAUGAUCGAGGCUGUGCUUACUGAUGCGGAAAACAAGCAAACAACAAACAGAGCUGUGAAUCAGUGGCUGAAUGAUCUGGAAGAUUUGGCUUAUGAUCUUGAUGACUUAGUGGAUGAGUUGAACACUAAAGCUUCACUGCGCAAAUUGAAGGAAAAUAAGGGCAGCACCAGUAAGGUACAGAAGCUUAUCCCCACAUGUUGUCCUAGUCUUUCUUUCGCUCAUUUCAUGUCUGAUCUGAAGUUUUCCUCCAAACUAAAGGAGAUUAGUAGCCAAUUGGAAGGUCUAUUAAAUCAUAUUAAGAUUCUAAGUUUGGUGGAGAAUAUGAGGGGGAGGCACUAUGGAACUGGAGAAAGAUUGCAAAUGACUUCACUUGUGGUAGAAUCUGAAGUUCAUGGUGAUGAGGACAUCUACUUUUUAUUUAUUUUUAGUUGGAUUUUAUUUAUGUUUUAGAUUUUAUUUAUGUAAUUGGGCUUGUGUUGGCCCAAGUCCAUUCUAUUUAGGGUUUUAGUCUUUACUAUUUAAAUCUAAUUGCGAUAUAAUUUCAUUAACUUUGAUGAAUUGAAGAAUAUUUUGGUGAUUUGUUGCCUAUGGCUUCUCCUUCCUCUCCCCCAUGAAUUUUUGCUUCUUUUCCGGUUUCUCCCCCCAUUCU